CGAAAAUUCAUGAACAAAGAAAAGAGCCCACGCCAUAUCUCUCUAUGCAAGAAGCUGGAAGAACUUUCCACCGCUAAAAAAUGCUGCCAUUGUUAGGCAAAACCAAGACCAUGAUAUUGACGUACUCUUCUUCUUUCACCACCCGUUUACUCGCACUCCAUUCAACUUCCACUUCCACUUCUACUCGACCCACAUCUUCUCCCCUUCUUCAUCGAUCUCCUCAGGGUUUUUUUGGUUCGAUUUUGAGGUACAAGUUGCGGGGUUAUUGCUCUUCGAGAGUGAAUAGAGGAGAAUUUAUGGCUAACAACAUCAAAGUGGUUCAAAAUCCCGACUCAAUUUCUUAUUUGAAUCAACGAGAAGCUGCUGAAGUUGAUGAGAUUCUUAUGGGUCCUCUUGGAUUUAGCGUCGACCAGCUCAUGGAAUUGGCUGGUUUGAGCGUUGCUACAGCAAUUGCCGAGGUAUACAAUUUGAAGGAUUACAAUCGUGUAUUGACAAUAUGUGGCCCAGGGAACAAUGGUGGGGAUGGUCUUGUAGUUGCUCGUCAUCUGUAUCACUUUGGAUAUAAACCUUUUGUUUGUUAUCCAAAACGAACUGCAAAGCCUCUUUAUACAGGUCUGGUGACUCAGCUAGAAUCAUUGGGUAUUCCUUUCCUAUCAGUGGAUGAUCUUCCUAUGAACUUAUCAGAGGACUUCAACAUUCUAGUCGAUGCCAUGUUUGGCUUUUCAUUCCAUGGCACACCAAGGGCACCAUUUGAUGAUCUGAUUCAACGGUUGGUGAAUCUACAAAAUCACAAUGAAAUAAAUAAAAAACCAUCUGUGAUUGCCUCUAUAGACAUCCCGUCUGGAUGGCAUGUGGAAGAAGGGGAUACAAAUGGUGAUGGAAUCAAACCUGACAUGUUGGUUUCUUUAACUGCCCCUAAGCUGUGUGCCAAGAAGUUUUGUGGUUCCCAUCAUUUCUUAGGUGGGAGGUUUGUUCCACCUUCCAUUGUUGACAAGUUUAACCUUCAUCUUCCAUCAUAUCCUGGAAGUUGUAUGUGUGUUAGAAUUGGAAAGGCCCCACAAAUUGACAUAUCAUCAAUGAGAGAGAAUUAUAUUUCUCCUGAGUUCAGAGAAGAGGAGGUGGACCCCGACCCCUUUCUUCAGUUCCAGAAGUGGUUUGAUGAUGUAAUGGCUGCUGGUUUGAAGGAACCUAAUGCAAUGGCAUUGUGCACUGCUGGCAAAGAUGGCAAACCUUCAUCACGAAUGGUGUUGCUGAAAGGAUUUGAUAAAGACGGUUUUGUAUGGUACACGAAUUAUGGAAGCCGAAAAGCCAAGGAUUUAUCUGAGAAUGCUAAUGCAUCACUGCUAUUCUAUUGGGAUGGAUUGAAUCGCCAGGUGCGAAUAGAAGGUUCUGUGCAGAAGGUUUCUGAAGAAGAAUCUGAACAUUACUUCCACAGUCGCCCUAGAGGAAGUCAGAUUGGUGCAAUAGCCAGCAAACAGAGCACUGUAAUUCCAGGACGUGAUUUUCUCCAUCAAGAGUAUAAAGAUUUGGAAGCAAAAUUCUCUGAUGGAGCUUUAAUCCCAAAACCAAAAUAUUGGGGUGGGUACAGACUUAAACCUGAGUUUUUUGAGUUUUGGCAAGGACAGACAUCCAGGUUGCAUGAUAGGUUAUGUUAUUUUCCUGAAGAAAGUGGAUGGAAAAUCAGACGUUUGGCUCCCUGACUAUCAUUCCCUUCAUCAUCAUUAUAAAAUACCAAAAUUCUAAUGAUACCUUUGAAGAAAUUGAAGGUAUUUAUUGGUCUCUUGGAACCCAAUUAAUAUGAGGUCAGGGUUGUAAUCAUAUCUGACAUGUCUGUUUGUUUGUUUUUAUCCAAAUUCGGAAUGACUGAUGGUAAAAUUUGGUUCAUUCUAUGCAACAAAUUGUUUAUUAUUACUCAUGUAUCUUAAAAUGAUUUUCGUUACAAAAUAAUAUAAAGGUGUUAGAAUAAAUUGUACAAAGAAAGAUCCCUAGAAGGUGGUAGCGGGAUACGAUCUCUAUGGUUCAACUACUUUUGGAUGAGCUGUCAUUUAAAAUAGUUUUGUGAUUUAAAUAAAUUUAAACUAAUUGUAUACCUUUUGGAUGAUGUACUAUUUAAAUUAUGUUUCUCAUUUUAUUAUCACCA